AUGUGGAUCCUCUCCGCCGACAACAGCCUCCUCGACGGUAAGCGAAUAUGGCUGCGACCAGGAACGUCAUAUCUCUUCGGCCGCUUCUCCGGCAAGAUCGACGGCGUGCGCGUGCGAUACGUGCCAGAUGAAGGAUCAGUGUCGCGCAAACACCUCUUCCUUACCGUCGCGGAUGUCAAGCCUGGUUCCAGUACAAGCAUCUACGAGAAAGCUGCAAUCACUGCAACCGACAGCUCGAAGGCAGGAACCGUGAUCAAUGGUCAGAUCUUGAACGAGAAGAAGGGCGAUGGCUCGGAAAGAGCACUGGAUGGCAAUCAAUACACGAUUAAGCUGGGCCAAGCUUCCUUCCUGCUACACCUGGAAUGGAAGCCGGUCGUGCUCAGCUUCACGAACAUUGGCAAAAUCGCGAAGAGCAAGGGCACAGCGCUGGCUGAUGAGAAGAAGAAGCUGGAGAGUGCCGAUGUCAAGCUGUCUACUGAGUACUUGACGAAUGAGACGACACAUGUUGUGGCGAAGAAGCGGAAUACUGCUGCAGGAUUGCAGGCGCUUGUGCAGGCGAGAUGGCUCAUCACAGACUCCUUCGUGAGUGCCCUAGCGGAGACAGUCAAGCCACAAGGACACGACGAGAAUGGCAGCCCCGGACCGAGUCUGCUGGAAGAAGACAUCGAUGCGAACUGGCCGAAAGAGAAAGACUACAUCGUGCCCACAGGCGGGGAGCCUGUUUCGAGGCCGAACGGAUAUCUGAAGCCAGACGAGACGCGCGCGGAAGUCUUUUCACCUUACACCUUCGUGUUCCUGUCACAGUCGCAAUUCGACUCGCUGAUGCCUGUGAUCACGGGUGGCGGCGGCAAAGCAUUACUGUUUGAGUUCAAAGAAGAUGAGACAACGACAGAAGACCUUGUGAACUACUGCAAAGAAUUGGCUGGCAAGAAGAAUCAUCGAAACUUCGUGCUUAGUCGAGAACCAGGGCCUGGCGGCAUCGUCGUUGUUCGCAUUAUGGGAGACAGUCGAGAAGGUCCUUUCAAGGAGGUGAUAGAAGGCUUCUACGAAGCACUUGAUCAGCGCUCUAUUGAGCAGAGUGAACUCUUGGACGCCAUUCUGACCAAGGAUUGCAGCAACUUCCGAAAGCCACACGGAAGGGCAACACAACUGAGCAUGGCUGACGACCAAGAUACUGCAUCCUCCAAUACGCGGCGCCUCGCACCCACUCGAUCACAGGAGGCCAGUGCGCGCAGCUCCCCGUCUGCUGAGACGCGCCGAGGCACUCGCUCUACACAAAAGGUCCCCACCACGGAAAAGGAGCCUGAAGAAACUGCUUCAGAACAGCCAGCAAUUCGACGCAGGCGAAAGAUCAUUACACAGCCAAAGUUCAACUUUGACGACGAUUUUGAUCCGAGCCAGAUCAUCAAGGCAGAUGAAGAUGAGGAACAUGAACCUGGCACAAGUCAAGCCCCGAGUCUGCAAAGUAUGGAUGUCGACGAGCCAUCGCAGGUUGGCACUCAGCGUAGCACCAGAAAGCGCCCAGCGCCGGAUGAGACUGCGCAGGAUGCAGAAAGUGAGCAGCAAUUUCUGGAUCGCCUUCUACCUGGUAUAGCUGCUGCGAAGCGACGCAAGACCGAAGCCUUGAAGAAGGGAGAUGCCGCUCCUAAGAAAGCGACGCCUACACCCGAGCCAGAGGUUGAGAUCAAGGAUGAGAAGCCUGUCAAGAGAGGCGCCAAAACCAAGAUCUCCGAUGUUGCCAUCAAAGCAAAGGUCGAAGCUCGCCGCAAAGCAGAGGACGAGGCCCGCCAGAAAGACGAUGAAGCUAUCGAGGAGAUGCGGAAUGCCGACCUAACCGAGGAACUUAAGAAUUACGAGGCGCCAGUCGAGCUUUUCGACGUUCCCCUCCGUCCACGACCACAGCCCACGACAGUGACGAAUCCGGAGUGGAAAGAUCGACCCAAUUACAAAAAGUUCCAAUCAAACAAGAACAAGAACCGCGCAAAUGCAGAGACACAAGGGCGCGCAGAGACUCAGCGCGUCAUCAUCUCGCUCGAGCCAGUCCCCAACAAAGGCCACGGCCUCGGCGAUGAGUACUGGCUUGAUACGGAGGACCUGCGUCGCUCGAAGAAAUCUCAAUCCAAGUCUCAAUCACAGACCCAGAGAUCCGCCGCAUCAGCAUCCCGGCCCUCGCAAUCUCAAUCAGGAAUCCCGGCUCCUAGGCAGGCCUUGACGAAUGACGAAGGCGAGCCACUCGAAGACGAUCAGCACGCUUUCCGACGGAGAGUGGAGCGCAGUCGAGAGAUCGAUGCUGCCAAUGAGGUUGCGGAUGAUGUAUUUGAUGAUGAUACCACCCAGACGACAAGGGCGACGCCGAGUCAGAGGAAGACGGCAGCUUCGGGCAAGAGACCUGCCGCGCAGGCUAAGUUGACGGAUUCGGCGCCGCCGGCCAAGAGGCAGGCUACGCAGAGGAGUACGGCUGCGAGUAGUAGGGCUCCGCCGCCGAUUAUGGUGGAUGAUGAGAGUGAUGAUGAUCCUACUGCUUUCCGGCGGCGGAGACGCUGA